GGUAACCUUUGCGGCUGCCUCGGGGAAACUAGCGGCUCUCCCAGGUCGACUACUUUCUCCGUGUUCAUUUUGGUGUGUGUGUGUCGGGGGAGGUCUCAGGCUACUGUCAAAGGCCAUGAGUUCCUCUCGCCCUCCUCCCAAUGUGAUGGGCAUGAUCUCCCUCAAAGUGGACAAUCUGACUUACCGCACUUCGCCGGACACACUGCGGCGCGUCUUUGAGAAGUACGGGCGAAUUGGUGAUGUGUACAUCCCACGAGACCGCUUCACGAAAGCGUCUCGAGGCUUUGCCUUUGUCCGCUUCUACUGCAAGAACCACGCUGAGGAUGCCUUAGAUGCCGUGGACGGAGUCGUGCUGGAUGGCCGUAAGCUGAGAGUGCAAAUGGCUUAUCAUGAUGGUCCCCCAGAUCUCCACUAUGGCCGCCGCUGCGGGAAAACGCCGCCUCCAGAGGGCAAGUGGGAGAAAGAUGACGACUACGGCCGCAGCCGCAGUCCAAGACGACAACGUUUCAGCCGCGCGAGCAACAAGAGCCGCUCUCGCAGUCCAAGACGACGUCGGUUCAGCCGUGACAGUAACAAGAGCCGCUCCCGCAGUCCAAGACGUCGUUUCAGCCGUACCAGUAACAGGAGCCGCUCUCGCAGUCCUCGACGACGUCGUCUCAGCCAUUCCAGUAAGAGCCGCUCUCGCAGCGCAAGACGACGUCCUGUCGGCGGUUCCAGUAAGAGCCGCUCUCGCAGCGCAAGACGACGUCCUGUCGGCGGUUCCAGUAAGAGCCGCUCUCGCAGUCCAAGACGACGUGGUUUCAGCCGUACCAGUAACCAGAGCCGCUCUUGCACUCCAAGACGACGUCGUUUCGGCUGUUCCAGUAACAAGAGCCGCUCUCCCAGCCCAAGACGACGCUGUUUCAGCCGUUCCAGUAACAAGAGCCGCUCUCGAUCUGGGUUUCGGUAUCAAUCCCGAUCUCGCUCUCGGCCCAGAUCUGGCUCUCAGUCCCGAUCCAGAUCCAGCAGGAGCCGAUCUCCAUCUCGAUUUCGAUCUCCAUCUCCAUCAUCUCUAUCUCCAUCUCCAUGA